ACAUGCUUUUUCCAUGCACCUUCAGUGUGGUUCAAACUCUUCCUGAUGGUGGAGGCUCCCAGCUCCCUUGACUUCCUUGGAGAUUGCUCACAUGUACCCAAGUGCAGAACGUGGUCUUAGAAGUGGACGUUCCCUAUAAUUAGUUUGCAGUAGUUUUUAACUGCCCCUUUCCUGCCAGGCCCCCUUAUCUCUGGCAAAGGAGGACAGGACUUUUUCAAAGCAUAUUCAUGUCUGUUUGAACUGGCAUGUGUGCUGAUAUUGAACAGGUCCUCUGCACCCCUUCCCAGUCUGAGCUGGGAUUGGUCCAAGUUCCUACUGGUUUCUAGAGGAAACCCAGGGACCAGCCAGCUUUGGGUAUUGUAUCUUUGAAUUUAUAUAAUACACCUGCUGCAACCAUUGCUGCCAUGAUGCCUGUUGCAACUGUGAUGCCUGAUGACACACCAAUGUUUGACCCAAAUCUCCUUCAUGAACUUGACUGGAGCCAGAACACAGCAACAUUUUCUCCUGCCAUUUCACCUUUAGAUCCAGGGGAUGGUUUAGUUAUGAGACCCCUUUGCACUGCUGAUUUAAAUAAAGGCUUUUUUAAGGUUCUGGGUCAGCUGACAGCAGCUGGAGUUGUCAGUCCUGAGCAGUUUAUCAAAACCUUCGAACACAUGAAGAGAUCCGGUGAUUAUUAUGUGACCGUUGUGGAAGAUACAAAUCUCGGACAGAUUGUUGCUACAGCAACGCUAGUUAUAGAACAUAAAUUUACUCAUUCUUGUGCAAAGAGAGGAAGGGUAGAAGAUGUUGUAGUAAGUGACGAAUGCAGAGGAAAGCAGCUUGGCAAACUAUUAAUGUCUACGCUUACGUUGCUAAGUAAGAGACUGAACUGUUAUAAAAUUACUCUCGAGUGUCUGCCCAAAAAUGUGGCUUUCUAUAAAAAGUUUGGAUAUUCAGUAUCUGAAGAAAACUACAUGGGUCAAAAGUUCUUUAAUUAAGAACUUCCAGCUUAUCUUUUGUAAAGACUAUUGGUGGAGGACCUUGUGAUACAAACUCAUUCUCUUCGUGGAAAAUGUAAAUAGUUUGUCGCUGCAAAUGUAAUGAGCCCUGUAGAUCCCGGACAACAGAUGUGUAAAAAUUGCAAUUUGAAUGACCCUUUCGAAGGUCUCGGGGGGUGAUGAGCUGUUGGUACUAAUUUUACUACUGUUCAGCCUAAGUGAAGCUUUUUUUGUUCUUAGCUGGGCUAUAAAGGGGAUGGUUUUUAACCAAAGGUAUAUAUUUUUGAUCUCAAAAUUUUUCUUGCCUUGUAUUUUUCUAAAGUUUUGCACUUCUUGGUAGCCAAAGUGCAGGUAGUGUGGGGGUUGAGCUUCUCUCUGGCCUUCAUUGAAGGCAAAUGUAAACCGGGUGGGCAACGCACCCUAUUACAUAGCAACAGUAAGGUAGAAAAGGAACUUGUUUUAUUUCUAACCUUAAAACGUAGACUUCGAUGCUAUUGCAAGUACCCACCCAACAGCUAUCGAAUGAACACCCUUUAAUAGAUGCCUCUACAUUCUCCAUGGGAAAUUAGCUAAUAUGUUUUAAUUCAUGUGAAUAUUUUAACAUGGCGGCAUUUCAUUUAUGUUCCCUUCAUGCCGCUGCAACAAACUCCAAAUGAAAAUUUCAUAGGCAUUAGCUUCCAAAAAUUAGAUUGAACAGAUUAUGUUGGAAGAUAUAAUGUGGCUAUAGUAGACAAUUAUUGGCCAUACUUCAGUUGAUAUUUUAAAAUAUACCUGAAUACUGACUACAUAUUCAGACCCUGCACUUUAGUUGAUACAUUGGAACGAUUCAAAGCAGUCACUUAUAAACUUGCAGCUUGUGCACAGAGCAAGGAAAUUGGAAAGUUGUCUAAAGUGCAAAAUAUUUCUCUCAUCUUGAGUAAGGCUUCCCGUAUUUCUGUUCUGCUUAGAUUAAUGUCAUUUGAGAACAGGAGUUAACAUCUCCUGUAUCAGUGAUGUGCUCAAAGUCAGUGAACACAUUUGACUUAUUACUUGCCAUACUUGAUUCCUCUGGGCCAGAGAUACGUUCUUCUCCGAUGGUAACUGCUUACACAAUAUUGAAUUGCUGAUUAGCAAAGAAAUCCCAAAUCCUGGUACCAAAGGCUUGAUGCUGCUUUGGAUUAUCCCGUCUGCUCUUAACAUUGGGUAAAUGAAUUUAGCACUUCUUGCCAUUGAUGGCAAUAAAACCCUUGUUUCAAUGGUAACGUAUGGUAGGAGAGUGACACAAACUACAGUUAUGAAUAGGGUAUUGUGAGUAAUGAAGGUUAUUACAGAACAAUCUCUUCUUGUUUUUGAACAAUUAGGCCUUAGAAACUGUUCUCUUUUCAGCUGAGGACUACUUUACGUUGUGGUGAGGGUUCUAUUUGAUGUCAUUGAUAGUACUCUAAUAUAUUGUUUUCUUGGUGAUGUCUAGGUUUUAUUUAUUUUUUUAAAACAGCGUUGUUUAAUCUAAAAUAAACAGAGACUGCCAUA